AUGACUUACAACAAGUAUGCCGGUCUGUGCGCCGAUAUGCUGCGUGCGGCUCUCAAGGAGCCUGCCAAGACCAAGGCCAAGGCACGCGAGGCCAUCUACUACCGGUCCGCUGUCUGGGAGAACGGCCAGCCCACCAAGCAGGUGAUCACGGACAUCACAGAGGGAACAUCCGGUAAGCUGUCGUGA